GUUCCCCUCCCUCCGCUCAUGACCUAGACUGCUGGCUGCUGCGGUGCUGCGCCGCCGCCAGAGGCAAGGGGUUCCCGGGCGCGGGGGGCGGCGUCUGCAUCUGCUUGAUGCCGAGUGCCGGUGAUGGAUUCCGGUGAAGAGGUGGAUUGGAUAGGGAUAGCUGCUGCUGUCGAACUCGAAGAAGCUGGAGCUGAGGCUGCUACUGCCAAAGAAGCUACGAGUGUGGCAAGGGCAGUGGCUUCGGCGCCCAGAUCAACCAACCGGAAGCGACCACAUGACUCCGACGACUGGCCGGGCAUUCCUUUGGCAUUUAAUUUACCUGAUGUGGAUCCUGAUCCUGGCACACGCAAGCAAAUUGAAGAGUAUGCAACUCCAGAAAUUAGAGAUGAAAUGAGAAGGGCAUAUUUGUCGAAAGGUGUGGGGCAUUUGUAUGGUCAUGAUUUUUCUCGUACUCGUUUUGGGUAAGAUUGGCGGAACUUCAAAAAAGCAUGGUAUAAAGAGUAUGAUUGGCUAGAGUAUAGUAAAGAGACAAAAUCUGCCUAUUGUUUCCAUUGUUUUCUUUUCAAGCCUCCAAGCAUUGGUGACAAGUUUGGCUAUGAUGUCUUCACUAAGAAAGCCUCCAAGCAUUGGCGGAACUUUUGUGCUGCAAGAAAUAUAAUAGCGCUCAAUAUGGAUGAUAACAUUUCAGCAAGGGGUUACCCAAGAAGAUCACGCAAAAUGGUUACUUGUCUCCAUCAUUACAAGGUAACUAUAUUCAAUGAGGUGUUGGAUAGAAACAUAGUUGAGAUGAAUAAUCGAUUUAGUGAAACUUCUACACGCUUGCUGAAGUGCAUUGCUUGC